CAAACCCGAGCGAGCGCUCCCGAUCCCGAACCAGAUUGGGAAGGCGACCGACUACGACUCUCCGGCGGGCGGCGCGACCGACUCCGGCGAGCCCGGGCGGGGCGGCUGAAGCGUGCGGCGGAGGCGGCCUUCUCGGCGCCGUCAAGUUAUAGGCAGGCUCCGGCGCCGCGCCGCGGCUGCUCCGCCGCGAUUCCGGCCACUGGUCCCUUCUGAGGCCAUGGUGAACACUGACGGUGAAGGUGCCGAUGCCGGGGGAGGAGACCCAAUGAGCGUCGAUGAGAGCGUCGGUGUCGUUGGGGCAGACCAGUGUGAAGGAGCCAGGUUGCAGGACAGCGGUGCUCCGGUCAGCGUUGAAGGGGCCAGGGAAGGACAGGUGCCGGUUUCUCACCCCGGCGGCGGAAUGAGGGUGCGAGGAGCCACUGUGGAGGAAGCCGAGAGCGAGGAGGUCCCAACUGUGCAGGGCAGCAAGGAGGGGGCCGAGGAGCUGCUCCUGAAGGUGGUGUACAGUGAGGAGGAGGCGUACAAGCUGUACUGUGACUACGGGCACCGCACGGGGUUCAGCGUCCGCAAGGGCAAGCAGUCCUACUUCACUGGCACCAAGAGAAUCAGGACCAAGGACUACUUCUGCUCCAAGGAGGGCCUCAAGGAAGCAGAGAAGCUUACCGACGAGAACUUCAACGACCCGCACACCAGGACCAAUUGCAGGGCCAUGGUUCGCUUCAGAGCAAACAGCCAGGGCGAGUGGAGGGUAAUCCGACUCGUGUCUGAUCACAACCACAACUUGGUAAGACCUGAAGAACGGCACCUUCUGCGGUCUGCCAAGUCACUUAUAGCUGGGAGGUCAUGUUCUGCUGCGGAUGCGGUGUUAUAUGGUGGGUACCAGUUAGGGGGUGUACCUUCCCAAAUGGCUGCAAGCACUAGCGUAGCUAACAACGCAGAGACUCCGAGGCAAGAUUUGCUCCCUGGUUUUAGCGGCAUAACAAGGACAUCAGCCGUAGGGACCGGAGAGUUGCAAAGCAUUGUAAGCCAUCUAAAGAGCAGAGCAAAUUUAGAUGGAAUGUUUUACUGGGAUGUUCAGUUAGACCGAGCUGGUCGGAUGAGUAAUAUCUUUUGGCGAGAUGGUAGGAGCAGAAUGGACUAUGACUGUUUCGGUGACGUGGUUGUCUUUGAUUCAACUUACCGCUUAAACAAACAGAAUUAUAUAGUUGCUCCUUUUGUUGGUGUGAACCACCAUUGGCAGACCACUAUGUAUGGCUGUGCAUUAUUAGCAGAUGAUUCCAUGUCAUCUUUCACGUGGCUGUUCAAGUCUUUCUUGGAGGCAAUGGGAAACCGGCAACCACGAUCUAUUUUCACCAACCAAGACCAAGUUAUGUCAAAUGCAAUUGAGGAAGUGUUUCCAAAUACAUGCCAUCGCAUUGCUCACUGGCACAUUCAAAAGAAUGCCGCUUCUCGCCUUGGUGCACUUAAUGCUUCUAAAGCAUUUAAUAAGAUGAUCACCAAGUGUAUGCAGGGAUGCGACUCAGAAGCAGAAUUCGAGGGAACAUGGGCUGCGAUGCUCCGUGAGUUUAAGUUGCAGGAUAAUAAGUGGCUGAGCAAACUUUAUAAGCUCAAGCAGAAGUGGUGUGGUGCUCUGAACAAGUGCACUUUUGAUGGUGGGGUCGAAAACGAGCCACAAUGUGACAGUUUGAGUAACAUAUUCACUUGCAUUGUUGAUAAAUCGACUUCUCUUUCCACAAUUGUUGCUGCUGUGGAUAAGCUGACUGAGGAUUGGCGCGAAAAAGAGUUUGAUGAGGAUGUGCGGUGUUGUCAAAGGCCACUUUCUUGUAUUAUAAAGCACAGUGAUAUUUUGAAUCAUGCAGCAAAAGUUUAUACACACAGAAUCUACAAGCUAUUCGAGACAUAUUUUCUUGACGGUUGUGGGGCCACAAAAUUCAAGGCACUUCCGUGUGAAGACAGUGACACAUAUCGGUUUGAGAUGACUAUGCAGGGUAGAGGGUCAAGAGUCUGCACAGUUCAUCUGAAUAUGUCAACAAUGCAACUCACUUGCAGCUGUAGUCAGUUUGAGACAAUGGGUUUACUUUGUCCACAUACUCUGAAAGCUCUUAGUAUCAAGAAUGUGGGCAAAAUUCCAGAAAUAUAUAUACUGAAGCGGUGGACCAGAGAUGCUAAGCAGUGGGUUUUCAACCCAAAGCAAUAUGAAUCAUCAUAUCAGGAGUGCAUGGAUAAUGAAGCUGGAUACUGCAACCAUGCUAUGAGGUAUGCUUAUGACCUUGUGAUGAAGAGUGAAGGGCAGGAGGAAUUGAGAAGAUCUCUUUGGGAGGCUCUUGAGGGUGGAGAGAAAGAAUUGGAGAAAUACCAAAAUGCUACACAGUAUGCACAAUCUUAUGCCACUUGAAAGAAGCAUCGAUAAAGCUUUUUGGUGUUACUACUGAGGAACGAAAGAUAUACUUAGGGAUAACUGGGUCUUUUACAACAUAUAUGUGCAUACCUUCUUUUCCGCUGACUCAAACUGUAAUCUAAAAAUGGAAAUGGAAACCUGUGAAACGAGAUAAAGUUUGAAAACUCUUAAGACUUUCCUAACCUGGGAGAAGCUGGAGCAUAUGGCAUGUGCAACUUGACUUGUUGCAAUACUAUCUGAUCCGUUAAAACUCCUACCCUUUUGAUGAAGGAAUAGUGGCAUUCUUGAGGAGCUGGAGCAGUUCUGGGAGAUGAGGUUCGAGCAGGGCCCCUUCCGAGGCUGUCACCCUGAUGAGGUUCGAUCAUUCUUAAAUGAUGCUUCUCAAACGACUAACACCCCGACUGUGCCACCAUGCUGCCAUGGGGACUGAACUGAAUGAUCUGAAACUGUCUUGAGCUUCGCAACACAUGUUCUUGCUGGUGACAUGAAUCAAUGCUGUACACAUGUGGGUUUGGCUGGGAAGAGCCAGUGUGGCACUCUUUCCUGCAGACGUGGUGACGAAGUUAUGUCAAAAGCAAUUGAGGAAUUGUUUCCCAAUACAUGCUGUCACUGGAACAUUCAAAAGAAUUCCACAUCUCGCCUUGGUGCAUUUGCUGGGGGUUUGAAAGCUUUUAAUAAGAUGUUCACCAAGUGUAUGCAGGGAUGCGACUCUGAAGUAGUAUCCGAGGAAACAUGGGCUAAUAAUAAGUUGCUGAAGCGGUGGACCAGAGACAAGCUCUUAGUAUUAACUAUUAAGAAUGUGUAUACUGAGGCGGUGGACCAGAGAUAUCCAAGCAGUGGCUUUUCAGUCCAAAGCAAUAUGAAUCAUCAUAUAAGGAAUGUAUGGAUGAUGAAGCUGCAUACUGCAACCAUCGUAUGAGGUACGCUUAUGGCCUUGUGAUGAAGAGCCGAGGGCAGAAGGAAUUGAGAAGAUCUCUUUGGGAGACUCGAGGGUGGAGUUUUUUUGGGGGGAAAUACCUAGAAAAUGUUACCCAGCAUGCACACACAUUCUUAUGCCACUUGAAAGAAGCAUCAUUUGAGCCUUUUGGUGUUACUGCUCAGGAAGGAAGGCAUACAUGGGUAACUGGGUUGUGUAUACCACGUGUGUACAAAUCUUCUUUUAUGCUGGCUGAAACUGUAAUAAUCUAAUAAUGGAAAUAAAAAGCUGUGAAAAAGGGACAAGUUUGAGUAAGUCA